CCUGUUCACACACAGUUCUGUAUCCCUUGUCCCUCUCUUACUCUAUUGCCUAUUUGAAUUUGAGGCCAGCAACAAAAUAAUUUCCUCAUGUUUUGAGAAGAGAGACACACCGAGACGCUCCUGAAUCAUGACAAUGGUAACGUACAGUUUGAAUUGUUUACCUUCUCAAAAUAAUCAGUAAUGGAGCAUAGAAACUUGUAUUCGUAUAGACUUCUCACUUCGUGUUGAUAAAAGGAAGUCACACCAAGCCAAUUUGCGUAUAACAGGGUUCCCCAAACUCGGUCCUAGGGACCCCAAGGGGUGAACAUUUAGUUUUUUUGCCCUCAUCAUCAAGCUUUGAUAAUUUGAAUCAGCUGUGCAGUGUGAGGGAAAAAACGAAAAAAGUUUGGGAAAUGCUCAUCUAUAAAAACAUUGUAACGUUACACCUUCUGAUCUUGUUCGCAAACUAUUGGAAAUACAGCAGAAGGCCUGCUACCUUCAUUACGGUAUGAAGACUGUGAUUAUUGUUAUAAUGAUGCGUCAUACCGUUAUAAAGGCAGCGUGGACUUUCAACUUUUCGUACAGUGGCUUUAUUGUUGAUAACAUAAGUGUUCCCAGUUAUUACGUUCCCAAUAUCAACACCAACACAGUGGAAUGCCUAUAGGAUUAUGUUAGGGAAUGUUUCAUUUAAAAUAAUUAAAGGUUUCCUGUAGCUCAGUUGGUAGAGCAUGGCGCUUGCAACGCCAGGGUUGUGGGUUCGUUUCCCACUGGGGGCCAGUAUGAAAAUGUAUGUACUCACUAACUGUAAGUGGCUCUGGAUAAGAGCGUCUGCUAAAUGACAAAAAUGUAAAAUGUAAAAAAAAAAAAUCCACAGCAACAUGUCCAUGUGCAUCAAUUGUUGUUAUUCCCUAUGUGUUAAUUAUGUAUUUGUUAUUAAAUCAUGAUAGUGCAGUGAUUGAAAGGGAACAGUUGAAGCAUGGCUUGGUAUGUGUCGUUUCCUUUGUCUUCACCAGGCUACUUGCCACACAUUUAAAAGCAUAGGAUUGGUGUGCAUGGGCUAGAGAGUUGCCAUGGAGAGCCACAACCACCUGACCUGUGCCAUAAAGUGGUCAUAGUAGCGAUGCACACAUACUGGGAAGAUAUGGCCUAGGAUAAAAGUCCAUGAUAGCUUAUGGUUAUGCUUGUACAAUAGUAAUGCGCCAUGAUGUAAAAUAGACAAGAAAAUCUCAAGAAAAUAGUUACCCAAUACAUGUAUGGCUAUACCAUUGCACUUUAACCAGGUGUUGGCAGGCCCAGACACCACUGUCCCUUGUUUGCAUCAGAUAAGGUUCACAGUCACAAGGUCAUUUCCCUUUUCCUCCUGUGGCUUAUGGUAUCCCAGGGUCCAUAACAAUGUCAUUCUGUUUGGUGACUACUCACCCUGGCUUAGAGGUAUGAAAACAGAUGUGGUCUAAAGUGGAUCUCAUUAUUGAACACAUUGCCUGCUCCCUCCCUUUGUAGUACACAACUUUUGACCAGGGCCCACUAUAUAGGAAACAGGGUGCCAUUUUAUUUGCGACACAACACCCUCUGUUCUGUAGAUUUCACUGUAGAUGAUAUUAAAAUGUGCAACCUUGAUCCCUAAAGAAACAUUGGCAGCAUCUUUAUGGGAUUGAAACCUACAGUACAUACCUCUCCUAAUGCAUACAGUAAAGAUCACAAGAUAUGAGGUCUUGUCUGUAUUGUUGUCUUGUUAAAGUUAGUUUGACUUUGGACCACAUAUGACAUUUGGAAACAUCUGACAAAGUUUUAAUAUGGGGUGAGCUAUUAUCCUUUUAAAGAAGUUGUCUGUCCUCUAGUAUUAGACUGUGGGUGUUUCAGACUGCGUGAAAAGCAAGAGGUUGCUAUUUGAAAGAGCUUACACAGAUACUGUUGGUUGGAUAAGGAACAUGCAUUCUGAAAUGACAUAUUUAGACUGCUACCUGGGACACAAACAAUAACAAAGUAAGGAUUCCUCAGUUUACUUGCUGUGCUUUUCUAUAUUUGGCCAUCAUCAUGUUUCAGUGACUCUUGGUCUAAUAACCAACUGUACUUCUAAGGUAGAAAAAACAGACAUUAUUAAAUGAACUCAUUCAACACUAAACGUGACAUGCUAAUGAUUUAAGACAAUGUGGCAGGACAUAAAUAUGUUAAAGAUGGAGCCUAGGACUGUAACAAUUGGGGAAAUUAUAUUCAAGGUUGUGUCGACCUGAGGCAUACAUAUCAGUCAUGACACAGACCUUCAGCUUGCUAACCAUAAUGCCAGAGAAUCCCUGAAGUCUAUCAAAUGUUCAUUGAUUGAUUACUUGACAUUGAUUAAUUGAUUGAUUGACGAUGACACUGUUUAAGUAAUAGGAUACAGUAGAACAUAAAAUACCAUGUUAUGGGGGCUGGCUUUGUUCAUUAACAAUGUUCAUGCACAGGAAAUCUAAAUAUUAAACAGAUGAAUCAACUCAAACUGUGCUUCUCUUGCAGUCUCCCCCUCUCUCCCUUCUCUAUUCUCCCAGUCUCAUUCUCCCCUGUCCCUCCCCCUCUCUCUAUUUCUGUGAUAAUUUACAUCAAUCCUUCCUCUCCUCUCUGACCAGCCCUGCUGAGAAUCAGCCUUGUGGGAAAACACAGCCAAGUUCACUUCCUGAUUUUAGUCACCUGUUUUUAUCUGUUUCAUCAGGGGACAGUGUGCCAAACAAUUCAGCCUCCACAAUACAGCCUCCAAAACAAAAACAUUUUUGUUUGUAUUAUCUUUUACCAGAUCUAACGUGUUAUAUUCUCCUACAUUAAUUUCACAUUUCCACAAACUUCAAAGUGUUUCCUUUCAAACGGUAUCAAGAAUAUGCAUAUCCUUGCUUCAGAUCCUGAGCUACAGGCAGUUAGAUUUGGGUAUGUCAUUUUAGGUGAAAAUUGAAAAAAAGGGUCAGAUCCUUAAGAGGUUAACCUCCCCUCCCAGAGACACACAUUGUUGUGGCUUCACUAGAUAAUUUGUUAAAUUGUGUAAAUAGUUUAUUUCAGCAUGCAAGGCUAGUGUAUAAGAAAUACAUAUUUUAGAGUUUUGGACAUUUCAAUUAUCAAUAUUCCCCUGUCGUAGUUUGUGAUAGUUUAAGUCUUUAUCAAAGUUGUUUUCUUUUCAUUUAUUGUAACCUGAGGUCUUGGCUUUGGAUUAAAGCGCUAUUGUCUGGCUUAGUGACCUUCGGUACAUAAAGCAGUCAUUGACACAGCCUGUGUAAUAGGUCUGAUAGCGAGGCUGACAGGAGAGGCUUAACUACAUGUAAAUGUCUGGGAUGGCCUAGACACACAGUAUAACUGAGGGCGCCCUUUAUUGUAUGAUGUCACACAAACGGUUUGAGAAGGUAAGUGUUUAGAUUGUAUCCUGUGUGUGUGAGAGAUUUCACAGUCAUUCUGUUUUAUUUUUCAGAGUUUCUUUGGAAAAUUUAAGUAAGUAGCCUACAGUGUAGAUAUCAAAGUUAUGUUCUUCAUUCUUAUCUGCCUUCCUCUGACCAGAACUACAUUUAUAAGCCACUGCCAUGAUACAGCACGUAAGUAAGUAACAAUUAUCUUUCCUCUUUUUCAUUACAGACACAGUGGGCCUCCAGCUCCACCCCAAAGGAUAGGUGAGCCUUCAGGAAAUCCCCCUUGUUCUGCUCUUGGGAAUAUAGGGUUCCUCUUUAUGGAAGUUACAGUGUGGUGCUUAUUCUGCUCUCUCUCUCUCAUGGCUCUACCUCUCUUCUCCCCCAUUUCUCUCUCUCUUAUUCCAUCCCCCUCUCUACUUUCUCUCGGUCUCUAUUUCUUUGUUUCAGAGAACAAUGCGGGGUAUGGUGGGUGGCCAGAAGAUGAGUUUGUAAGUAGGAGAACACACACACGUUUGUUUUGCUAUCCUUGUGGGGAUCAAACAAUUGAUUCCCAUGCAGAAUUCUAUUUUCCCUAACCCUUAACCCCAAACCCCUGACUCCUAAACCUAACCCUAAUUCUAACUGUAAUUGGAACCCUAAACCUAACCCUAAAAAAGCAAUUUUCCAUGGUGACUGGUGAAAUGUCACACAGACUGACACACCAAUGGAUAUUUUGUUGUGAGAGGUCCUGUGUAGUCAUCUUGGUGUGUUUGUGUGUGGAUGACAGGAUGAGGAGGAUGGGGACACAUAUGAGGCGCCCCCCUGUGAGAGACCCGCCUUGAAGGUUCCUUCCAGACAUGUGGAGGAGAACGUCUAUUUGGGUAACACCACCACUGUAGAAUAUCAUUCUCAUUUCAGAUUCGCUAAUCUCUGACUUUCAUGUAAAUCAUGCAUUCAUGCCAAUGGGAGAUUUGCUUGAAAACUUAAGUUUGGUGCGCGGAUCUCCAAGUUAGGAUUUGUCCCUUUAUGUAUUGUAUUGAGGUGUGCAUUUAUGUGAACUUUUUCAGAGGGACUAUAGCUCUUUGCUUUGUAGGACGUAGCUCUCUGAUUGGCUGUUUUUGGGUUCCACAGAGAGGACGUCAGAGCGGUCCAAUCCUGUUCUCCCCAAAAGGCAGGCAGCUCCACCCCCAAGGCCAGCCAAGAUGGCGCCCAUGGGCAAAGCAUUGGUAAACUAUCAGAGUAGCACUGCCCCAUACCUACUUCUCACCUUAGCCUGUGUGCCUGUCUGUCUCUGUGUGUGUGCAUUAUUUUAGUAUCUUUCCCAUCUAUAGAAACAGCAGCCUCACCAGCAGACUCACCCUAAGGAGUUCUACAUUGACCCCAACACCAAGAAACGUGAGACUCCCCGCCUUAUCCUCCCCCUGCUCUAUCCUCCCCCUGCUCUAUCCUCCCCCCUCUCUAUCCUCCCCCCUCUCUAUCCUCCCCCCUCUCUAUCUCCUGCUCUAUCCUCCCCCUCUCUAUCCUCUGCUCUCUAUCCUCUGCUCUUAGUCCAGGACAUUCAGUUGAUCCUAUAUGAUUGUGUAUUUUGAAUAUGAACACGAAUUGUGCCCUAUACAUAGAUGUGAAUGUUGAUUCAUAAAAAGGUGUAACAGUUAAUAAUUCUUGACACAUUUAUUGUACAGGAGAAUUCACUCUCUCUCCCUCUCUAGCGCCUGAAGUAGAUAGGAAGGAGAAGCCAGGGAAGAGGUCUACUCCUAAGAAGUCUGCCCCUCCUCCUUCCCCUACUCCCGCCUCUCCCUCACCACCUGCAGAGGAAGGUAAACUCUAGUCAUAAUUCUAGUUCCUGCCUGACUAGAUGCGCAGGCGUUGCAUUGCAUCUACCAAUGGUUGCAUGCCACGUCAUCGACUGUGCAGUCGGUUAUCAGAUGGCUAUAACAUAUGAUGUGGAGCUGAUAUGUUAAAUACCUAUCCAGGUGUUGUAAUAUCUGGCAUGCGUCUGCAAUGUAUUCGGCUGGAACUCAACCAUAAUAAUUCCCUGGAACUGAUAUCAGUGUGCUAUUACAUCAAGUCACCACUUGAGGGAUGUGUGAUACUGUAACUGUUACUGCAUCAGCCUCUGUUUUCUCUGUUGUUCUCUGCAGAUGUCUACCUGGAUCCUAAUGAAGGACAGGUGAGUCCAACACAUCAUUAACAAACAGACCCUCACCCCUAACCCCCAGCCACAAAGCUUAAGCCUUUGCUUCUGCUGUACCCUUUUAACAAAGUCGCAAUGUACACAGUAUAUUCAGUGGUUUCUACUUCAGCCAGAGAGAGGUGAUUUAAUAUGUGUGUUGUCUCUCUGUUUCAGGGAGACAGUGAUGACCUGUAUCUAGAGCCCACAGCAGGUCAGUUACUCCCGUAGGGCCACCCAGUGCAUUUAUACUGAGGCUUUGACUAGUAUGUGUAUUGCAGGAUUGUAAUGUGAUUGUAUUCGAGACAGUUGGGUGUCCACCCAAAAAUGCUGCACGUCAUGAGCGCGAAUCAGAAAUCAAGCGUCGCUUUGAAUGACACACUCCUGUCUCGAUCAAUGGGAGAAGAUCUGAAAUAGACAAUAUGGUGGCGUACACAUUGUUAGAUUACCUCAUGGAGCAUGUAUUUAAUUUAAUAAGAGCAUUUUCUAAAUUCAAACGUUUCACCAGCAACUAGCGAUGGGAGUGGAGAAGAUACCGGUAACUUCCAAGCUAGAGAAUUAAGGAAGUAUCGCCGUGUAAAGGUUAGUUGAAAAAUUGCUGCCGGUGCUUAACACUACCUAAGCUGUAACAUAUAUGGAAACAUCCACAUAUCACAUUACAAUCCUGUAGCUACUAGAUUGGUUAGUUGAUUGUUUAUAACUUCAGAGACUAUCUUUUAUAUGAGAUAAAGAGACAGGACAUUCAUUCCAAAUUAUACAAGUCAAUGGCUUAUUUUGAGAAAAAAAGAAAUACUACUGUCUCUCCUCUCUCUCUAGCUUUCCCCCCUGCUCCUCGUGGGCCCAUGAGGAUGCCCCUCCCACCCAAGACAGCAGCUGCCCCUCCCCCCAUGCCCAUGUGAGUACACCUGUCAAGACAUGAGAUUACACAUUCUCAAACUCAUCAUGGUUUAACACAAGUGUAUGUCUUAUCCAGGGGUGAAAGUAGAUUUCAUUUCUUACCGGUACGGGACACCCAAGUGCGCGCAUGCAAAAAAAAAAUGUAUACUACAAAAAUUACAGGGUAGCCUACUCUGCUGACACUGACAAACAGAUCAAUAAAAACUAUGUUGUCUGAUCCAUAUAAUCGGCCUAUGAAAAGGGGAGACACAAAUACAAUAUGACAUCCAUCUAACCUGGAGGAGGAAAUUAUUGUCCAAAAACAAACAAAAGAGACACUGACCCAAUGAUAAAGACAGUGAAUAUGCACACUCACCGGGGAUAUGGCUGAUGUUCUCCGCUGGUGCCAAUAAGAUAGGCUACUGUUCGCUCAAUUUUGAUAGCUAAAAGACAGAUUGGAGUCUUUUAAUUGUCAUCUCUAUACAGUAAUAGUCAUUGCUUUCCGCAGUUGUAUUUUUAAAUAUUGCGAUAUGCCUGAAUGGGUCUCUGCUUUUCACUGACAGUCACAACUCAAUAAUCAUCUAUUUGGUAUUUGCAGCACCCACUUCCCAAAUUGCGGGCCCUUCUGACUGUAGACUAUGCGAUUUAAAACAAUCUACAGCACAAAAAAAAAAAAAAAAAGAAGCUAAUGAUCCUCUGUGGCCAAACCAUGCUUUCUGGUGUAGUAGCCUAUUUUGAAUGAUAUUAUUUAUUUCUGUAUAGACAGGACUAAGCUAUUUAGGCUAUAUCAUUUUGGCAAUUUUAAUUCAAUUUACUUUAGGGAAAGCUUCCCAUAGACUUAUGGACAUGCCACCCAUGCCUUUUAAUGUACCAUAAACACAACCAGUCAUGAUGUUUUCAUCUGAUUGUCAAACAGUCACUUAACAAAGGCCCUCCUGUAGGCUCCCCGCGCACAUUCGUUCCACUCACAAAAUAAUUUAAGCAUCCAAACCGCAACAGUGUACAUCUCCGCCUUGUCCGCGAGCAUCUCGGCCACUUAUCUCUACCUUGGCUAAAUGUAAGUGUUCUCAAACCACAAUGCAAUUUGGAGCAUAUACCACCCAGUUUCCAGUCAAUUCGCUAAUUUUUCAUGCGGCUGACAUGCAGUAAUGUUAAAUAAUGGUGUAAUAGCCUAUAGUUUUUUGGGAAUGUUGUAUUAAUUGUGAUAGGCUCAUGUUUUUCCGGUACGGCGUACCCCCACUAUUUAUUUUGCCGGGAUGCCGUACCGGACCAUACCGCCUUACUUUCACCCCUGUGUAUAUCCUCACUUCCAUUCUGUUUAUAGUUAUGUAAUUGCAAGAAUUGGAUUGGACUGGGUUGAACUGGCCUUUAAACCAUCCCAGAUACCAGUGGCUUUGUAUGUCCUGAGAGAAGCCAAUAUUGUACACUGCUCCAAAAAAUAAAGGGAACACUUAAAAACAACACAAUGUAACUCCAAGUCAAUCACACUUCUGUGAAAUCAAACUGUCCACGUAGGAAGCAACACUGAUUGACAAUAAAUUUCACAUGCUGUUGUGCAAAUGGAAUAGACAACAGGUGGAAAUUAUAGGCAAUUAGCAAGACACCCCCAAUAAAGGACUGGUUUUGUAGGUGGUGACUACAGACCACUUCUCAGUUCCUAUGCUUCCUGGCUGAUGUUUUGGUCACUUUUUAAUGCUGGCGGUGCUUUCACUCUAGUGGUAGCAUGAGACGGAGUCUAGAACCCACACAAGUAGCUCAGGUAGUGCAGCUCAUCCAGAAUGGCACAUCAAUGCGAGCUGUGGCAAGAAGGUUUGCUGUAUCUGUCAGCGUAGUGUCCAGAGCAUGGAGGCGCUACCAGGAGACAGGCCAGUACAUCAGGAGACGUGGAGGAGGCCGUAGGAGGGUAACAACCCAGCAGCAGGACUGCUACAUCCGCCUUUGUGCAAUGAGGAGCAGGAGGAGCACUGCCAGAGCCCUGCAAAAUGACCUGUGCAUGUGUCUGCUCAAACGGUCAGAAACAGACUCCAUGAGGGUGGUAUGAGGGCUCGACGUCCACAGGUGGGGGUUGUGCUUACAGCCCAACACCGUGCAGGACGUUUGGCCGUUUGCCAGAGAACACCAAAAUUGGCAAAUUCGCCACUGGUGCCCUGUGCUCUUCACAGAUGAAAGCAGGUUCACACUGAGCACAUGUGACAGACGUGACAGAGUCUGGAGACGCCGUGGAGAACGUUCUGCUGCCUGCAACAUCCUCCAGCAUGACCGGUUUGGCGGUGGGUCAGUCAUGGUGUGGGGUGGCAUUUCUUUGGGGGGCCGCACAGCACUCCAUGUGCUCGCCAGAGGUAGCCUGACUGCCAUUAGGUACCGAGAUGAGAUCCUCAGACCCCUUGUGAGACCAUAUGCUGGUGCGGUUGGCCCUGGGUUCCUCCUAAUGCAAGACAAUGCUAGACCUCAUGUGGCUGGAGUGUGUCAGCAGUUCCUGCAAGAGGAAGGCAUUGAUGCUAUGGACUGGCCUGCCCGUUCCCCAGACCUGAAUCCAAUUGAGCACAUCUGGGACAUCAUGUCUCGCUCCAUCCACCAACGCCACGUUGCACCACAGACUGUCCAGGAGUUGGCGGAUGCUUUAGUCCAGGUCUGGGAGGAGAUCCCUCAGGAGACCAUCCGCCACCUCAUCAGGAGCAUGCCCAGGUGUUGUAGGGAGGUCAUACAGGCACGUGGAGGCCACACACACUACUGAGCCUCAUUUUGACUUGUUUUAAGGACAUUACAUCAAAGUUGGAUCAGCCUGUAGUGUGGUUUUCCACUUUAAUUUUGAGGGUGACUCCAAAUCCAGACCUCCAUGGGUUGAUACAUUUGAUUUCCAUUGAUAAUUUUUGUGUGAUUUUGUUGUCAGCACAUUCAACUAUGUAAAGAAAAAAGUAUUUACAGUGGGGGAAAAAAUUAUUUAGUCAGCCACCAAUUGUGCAAGUUCUCCCACUUAAAAAGAUGAGAGAGACCUGUAAUUUUCAUCAUAGGUACACGUCAACUAUGACAGACAAAAUGAGAAAAAUAAAUCCAGAUAAUCACAUUGUAGGAUUUGUUAUGAAUUUAUUUGCAAAUUAUGGUGGAAAAUAAGUAUUUGGUCAAUAACAAAAGUUUCUCAAUACUUUGUUAUAUACCCUUUGUUGGCAAUGACACAGGUCAAACGUUUUCUGUAAGUCUUCACAAGGUCUUCACACACUGUUGCUGGUAUUUUGGCCCAUUCCUCCAUGCAGAUCUCCUCUAGAGCAGUGAUGUUUUGGGGCUGUCGCUGGGCAACAAAGACUUUCAACUCCCUCCAAAGAUUUUCUAUGGGGUUGAGAUCUGGAGACUGGCUAGGCCACUCCAGGACCUUGAAAUGCUUCUUACGAAGCCACUCCUUCGUUGCCCGGGUGGUGUGUUUGGGAUCAUUGUCAUGCUGAAAGACCCAGCCACGUUUCAUCUUCAAUGCCCUUGCUGAUGGAAGGAGGUUUUCACUCAAAAUCUCACGAUACAUGGCCCCAUUCAUUCUUUCCUUUACACGGAUCAGUCGUCCUGGUCCCUUUGCAGAAAAACAGCCCCAAAGCAUGAUGUUUCCACCCCCAUGCUUCACAGUAGGUAUGGUGUUCUUUGGAUGCAACUCAGCAUUCUUUGUCCUCCAAACACGAUGAGUUCAGUUUUUACCAAAAAGUUCUAUUUUGGUUUCAUCUGACCAUAUGACAUUCUCCCAAUCCUCUUCUGGAUCAUCCAAAUGCACUCUAGCAAACUUCAGACGGGCCUGGACAUGUACUGGCUUAAGCAGGGGGACACGUCUGGCACUGCAGGAUUUGAGUCCCUGGCGGCGUAGUGUAUUACUGAUGGUAGGUUUGUUACUUUGGUCCCAGCUCUCUGCAGGUCAUUCACUAGGUCCCCCUGUGUGGUUCUGGGAUUUUUGCUCACCGUUCUUGUGAUCAUUUUUACCCCACGGGGUGAGAUCUUGCGUGGAGCCCCAGAUCGAGGGAGAUUAUCAGUGGUCUUGUAUGUCUUCCAUUUCCUAAUAAUUGCUCCCACAGUUGAUUUCUUCAAACCAAGCUGCUUACCUAUUGCAGAUUCAGUCUUCCCAGCCUGGUGCAGGUCUACAAUUGUGUUUCUGGUGUCCUUUGACAGCUCUUUGGUCUUGGCCAUAGUGGAGUUUGGAGUGUGACUGUUUGAGGUUGUGGACAGGUGUCUUUUAUACUGAUAACAAGUUCAAACAGGUGCCAUUAAUACAGGUAUCGAGUGGAGGACAGAGGAGCCUCUUAAAGAAGAAGUUACAGGUCUGUGAGAGCCAGAAAUCUUUCUUGUUUGUAGGUAACCAAAUACUUAUUUUCCACCAUAAUUUGCAAAUAAAUUCAUAAAAAAUCCUACAAAGUGAUUUUCUGGAUUUUUUUUCUCAAUUUGUCUGUCAUAGUUGACGUGUACCUAUGAUGAAAAUUACAGGCCUCUCUCAUCUUUUUAAGUGGGAGAACUUGCACAAUUGGUGGCUGACUAAAUACUUUUUUCCCCCACUGUAAUAAGAUUAUUUCAUUCAUUCAGAUCUAGGAUGUGUUAUUUUUUUGAGCAGUGUAUUUGAGUGCUGUUGUUUGAAAUGCGAAAUCAGUUCAGUCCCACCCUUUGUCUGUCUCUCUGUAGAAAACCUCCAGUGCCCAGAGCCGGGUCGGUAAGUUUCUCCAUGGUUCACACAUUAUUUAACACACCACUGGCCGGUUUCUAACACGGCAUUGGCCUGUUUCACACUUUCUCCACUGAACAUGUUUUUUAGUGCAGGAGUAUAGGCCUAAUCUGUUUUAAUUAGUUUAACUUUUUGCUGCAUUCCAGAGUUCUCUAUUGGUCAGUGAGGCAAAGACAGGUAAGUGACACACUACCUUCCAUCUGCAUUGAAAAGAGAGAGAUCAUGAUGAUAAUGUCUGCAUCCCAAAUGGCCUAUUACCUACAUGCACUACUUUUGACCAGAGCCCUACAUAGGGAACCGGGUGGGUGCCAUUUGGAAUGCAUGCAUUAAAGAUGCACUCUGGAACUUUAGCAUAAUUUAAGCCAGUAGUUUUGAGUGGCGCUCACGAGCCAAAAGUGGUCCCCGUCUUUUGUGUACUAUGUCAUCAAAUUGUGUACUACGUCAUCCAUACAUUUUUUGCAAUUCAUAUGAUAUGUUACGAAUCCAAUUCGUACUAUAUGUUACCAAUUUGUUGUGCUUAAGAUCCUGGAGUGCAUCUUUAAGUGAAAAUGUAGAAACUGCUCCAUUGCUGUGUUUCUGUGACCCCCGCACCCCCAGCUCCUCCCCCUGAUAUCAGGCGCUCCAUGUUCCCUGGCAAGCUGCCCCCACCCACCCUGGGCAUCAAACCCCCCCUCCCCGCAUCACUAAAGGUACCCAAACCAAGGUGAGGCUUGGGAGCACAGCCGUGCUCACAGCACCAUGCAUGUACACACUGGAUGAGACCAUGCUACACGCAACAUACAUUUUAUGUGUUAAACAUGUAUAGCAGGUUCAUGCUUUAUGAACAUUCAACCUUGUACAAGCAGCAACAAUCAAAACACACAUAAAUACCACUUAGUAUUGCCUGAUAAUGAUUUCCAUUCUGUUUAUAGUUAUCCAUGCAGUGUUAACUUUGUGGUCUAUAAAGAUUAUCUUUGAUAAGUGUGUGUAUCUAUGAUAACGUAAGUCUUUGGAUUAUAAAGGCCUACUGUUCUUGCGUAUUAAUAUUGUAGCCACGGGACUAUAUUGCUCAUAUUGAAGUAAGCAUGUUGGACUUUGUGUGUUUGUUGCAGCCCUCCUCCCCCUCCCACUAUAGACACUACUGCAGCAGGUAAGAGCCUGCUGGGAACAGGACCAGUUUUGGUUCACGGCUGAAAGAUAGAAAUGGAAAGAAAGGAAGGAUGCCUGGAACUCUGAAAUUAAGAUUAAGAUCACUUUAUUGGUCAAUUGCACAUUUGAAAUUUGACUUCAGCUUUUAACCCAACCGCUCUGAAAGACACAUACAUACAGGUUUUGGAGAGGUGUGGGAGGCUGCCACACUGGGCGCCCAAGGAGCUGUUGUUGUGGGGUGGGGGGUUAGGUGCUUUGCUCAAGGGCGCAAUGGCAUCUAUGAUUUGAUACCAGCAACCCUCCGGUUGCCAGCUCACUUCCCGCCAGAUGUUCGUACCCGGGAUUCGAACUGGCAACCCUCUGGUUGUUGGCUCACCUCUUACCGCUAGGCUCCAACUAUGGUUUGCCUAUCAGAGUUGUGGACAUCCUUCAUUCCUUUACGUUAGUUUUUUUACAUGAACAAGUUGGAGGUGCAUAUUGUUAGUUUUUCUAUACUUAUGUAAACUGGAAGCCAUUUUGAUUAUAACGUGAAUUAUAACAUGUUUUAACCCCUGGGUCAUCUAGGGUCACUGUGGUUUUUGUCAGUAGUGCUAUCCAGUAUACUAGUGACCUUGCUUUAUUAUGAAUAGACUGUAGAGCACUCAACACAUUGGUCAACACUCAUUUUUCUCUGUCAAAGUUUCUCCCUCUGGUAUGAAGACGACCAUACAGGCAGGAAAGGAGGUAUGCAUCUUUCCAUCUCACACUGUACCUCUCAUAUAGCCAUGUGUAAUAGUGUUAAAGUGCUACAAAUGUUGCUGCAAUUUUUAGUUAAAUAGUGAUAUACCUGAUGUAUGGGCUGCCCUUGGAUAAAGUAUCGUGACAGAUAGGGCAGGGUGUCAUAGAGAACUGUGGUGUGUUACAGGAGAAAGAGUGGUUCGCUGGAAACUGCGAUAGAAAGACUGCCGAGGACCUCUUACUGCGGAUCAACAAGGUGGGAUACACUAACAAAAACUGGAGAUGAGCAUGGACACAUACACACGCAGUUCUUGGGGUUGGGUUAAAUGUGGAAGACACAUUGAGUUGUACAACUGACUAGGUAUCCCCCUUUCCUUUCCUUUCUUGAAGUUCCAUAUAAUAACAAUGCAUGUAAAUGUAGAAUCCCCAGCUCAGAAGCACGCCAUGUGAAUCAAUAUGAUUAGUUAUACACUGAACAAAAAUAUAAACGCAACAUGUAAAGUGUUGGUCCCAUGUUUCAUGAGCUUAAAUAAAAGAUCCAAGAAAUUUUCCAUACGCACAAAAAGCUUAUUUCUCUCAAAUGUUGUGCACACAUGUUUACAUCCCUGUUAGUGAGCAUUUCUCCUUUGCCAAGAUAAUCCAUCCACCUGACAGGUGUGGCAUAUCAAGAAGCUGAUUACACAGCAUGAUCAUUACACAGGUGCACCUUGUGCUGGGGACAAUAAAAGGCUACUCUAAAAUGUGCAGUUUAGUCACAACACAAUGCCACAGAUGUCUCAAGUUUUGAGGGAGCGUGCAAUUGGCAUGCUGACUGCAGGAAUGUCCACCAGAGCUGUUUCCAGAUAAUUUAAUGUUCAUUUCUCUACCAUGUCGUUGUAGAGAAUUUGGCAGUACGUCCAACCGGCCACACAACCACAGACCACGUGUAUGGUGUCACGUGGGCGAGCGGUUUGCUGAUGUCGGCAUUGUGAACAGAGUGCCCCAUGGUGGCGGUGGGGUUAUGGUAUUGGCAGGCAUAAGCUAUGGACAACGAACACAAUUGCAUUUUAUCGAUGGCAAUUUGAAUGCACAGAGAUACCGUGAUGAGCCCAUUGUCGUGCCAUUCAUCCGCCGCCAUCACCUCAUGUUUCAGCAUGAUAAUGCACGGCCCCAUGUCGCAAGGAUCUGUACACAAUUCCUGCAAGCUGAAAAUGUCCCAGUUCUUCCAUGGCCUGCAUACUCACCAGACAUGUCUCCCAUUGAGCAUGUUUGGGAUGCUCUGGAUCAACGUGUGUGACAGUGUGUUCCAGUUCCUGCCAAUAUCCAGCAAUUUUGCACAACCAUUGAAGAGGAAUGGGACAACAUUCCACAGGCCACAAUCAUCAGCCUGAUCAACUCUAUGCGAAGGAGAUGUCGCGCUGCAUGAGGCAAAUGGUGGUCACACCAGAUACUGACUGGUUUUCUGAUCCACGCCCCUACUGGCAGCAAGGUAUCUGUGACCAACAGAUGCAUAUCUGUAUUCCCAGUCAUGUGAAAUCCAUAGAUUAGGGCCUAUUUAAUUUAUUUCAAUUGACUAAUUUCCUUAUAUGAACUGUAACUCAAUACAACUUUUGAAAUUGCUUCAUGUUGCGUUUUACAUUUUUGUUCAGUCUAGUUAGUCAGGCAGUAGUCAACAGUGAAUCAUUAGUACAUUGAUCUAUUAGCCUGUCAAAUACAUCCACCUGUUCCUCUUUUGUUCUCUCCUCUCUCUGUGCUGCUCAGUAGCUGCUGCUGUUUUCUGAUUAUGUGUUAUAAUGCUGCUGACUGAGUGUUUCUCUGUCUCUGGUCCUUUGUCUUCUAACACAGCCGACCUGUUUCAUUUCACGCUGAAAUGGACAAGCAAUGAUGUGAGAGUAAUCUCAGUCAUAACUCCCCUUUAUUUGACUGCAGACACACGUUGGCAGGGAGGUUAUAUCAGACACAGGUUUGCAACGAAGCUACAGUGCAGUGCAGAGGGUAAUAGGGUAUUCUUGCAGUAUUUGUGUGUGUGUAGCCUCUGGGUUUAGCUGACACAUACACACACCAUCAGUGAGUCUGGUCUGAGUCAUCUGUGCUGAGUCGUGGGUUUUGAUACUGAUAUCCACUGUAUCUCUCCUCCGCUCCCCUGCCUAUUCCUCUCCCUCUCCCUCUCACCCUCCCUCUCCCUCUUGUAGGACGGGGCAUUCCUGAUACGUCACAGUUCAGCCCAGAACGCCCGUCAGCCCUACACACUGGCUGUCCUAUACAGACAGAAGGUCUAUAACAUCCCCAUCCGCUUUCUGGAGGAGACUCACGGCUACGCCCUCGGAAAGGAGGGCAAAAAGAAUGAGGAGGUGAAGAGGUGGGGGGAAGAGGGGGAAGAGGGGAAGAGAGAGAGAGAGAGAGAGAGAGCUAAAAUAAUGAAUUGGUGGAUGAGGAUGAGGGAGGAGGAGAAGAGAGAGAGAGAUAAGGAGAGGGGAAAAGACUGAGGACGCAGGAGGAAAGGAGGAUUUGAAAAAAGAAUGAAGAGGCCAGGUGAGCGAGGAGGGGAUAGAGGGAGGAUGUGGGAGGAACAGAGGAUGUGUACAAAAGAGACUAAGGAAUGCAACUUAGUAUUAUAUUGUAACCUCUGCAAUAACUACUGUAGUAACUCUCUGUCCCUCGCUACUCCCUCCCUCCCUCUCAGUUUUUCUGUAGUCUCCAGGAGAUCAUCUCUCACCACAAGAAUAACCAGCUGCUGCUGAUCGAUAGCAAGAGUCAAGCGAAGCACACCACGUAUCUCACUCACCCAGCUUGUCCAUAAACUACAUUACCCAUAACCCACACAAUGAAUCUACACCAGCCCGUCCAUAAAGUACAUUAAAUGCUACCAUUAAUAACUAAAUACAUUUGAUGACUAUUGAAGGUAGUACAUUUAUUUCCAAGUUAUGUUCCUCACUCACAUGUCCAUUACAACCCCUCUUUUUUUGUUUUGUGAUUAAAAUGGCUAGAAGUGUAUUACCGUAGAUAUGUGUACUGUAUGUGUUUGAGUGUUUUAAAGUAUGCUGUAAUUAUGCCUGUAUGACCUUAUCAUUUAUUUUUUUGGGGUAAAAAAUCUGAUUCAUUUGGUAACACCUGAAUAGAGUAGUGAGUAGUCUAUGAAAAUGUAUAUUCAAUACUUCAUCCUUGCUCCAACUCCAUUUUAUACAGUUUUGUUUCAGUGAUGGUGGAUUCACUUUUGGGUCUACACCUGUGUAAGUGUUGGUCAUCUGUAUGUUUCUAUUUAUAUAAUAAUAUAGACUGAAAUGUUCUGACAGCC